GGAACACGUAGGCUCGUCAAAGCAGCGAAAGCUACUGCAGAGCAGAGGGCAGUUUUUGCUGCGCUUGUUGCUCGAGUCAAGCAUGUCACGCUUGCGUUUACAGGGACUCCUACCACCCAAACACAGGAAACUUCGAGGCUGCCAGUGAUUUUUUACUGAAACGUUAAGCUGUGAAUUAAACCAAAAUCGAAGAUGUGUCGCUUCAUUUGGUGGCCGCUCCUGCUGCUGCUGCCACCGCUGCUUUUGCUGCCUUCAAUCCGUGAAGUUCAGGCUCAAGUUGACAAUGGCGUGAUCUUCCUGCCAGGGACCUUCCAGAAUGUCAACAUCUCGCAGAACGAGACAGUGGAGGCUGUGGUGUCCAGGAUCCCACCAGAGGCUGCGUUCAUCUCCCUGCAGUUCCACACGCAGCACCGUAAUGUCACCCUCUCCUACACUCAGGUACCGACCCAGGAUCUCUCCCUGACAGCAGCGGACACUGGGCUCCUGUCGGCGCUGCAGGUGAACCAAGUGUCUCUCUCCUUCUUCCUGUCUUCUCCCUAUGGCGACAGCGUGACGGGCACCGGGGUGGUUUUCGUGUACUCCAGCACUGCCCCGGUCCCUGGAGCUUGCAAUCUAGAGUCUAACCUCGAUAUUGACCCAAACGUCUACAUCCACUACAACAUCUACGAGACAUCUAUACGCUUUGCGCCAGCCAACCUAGGAUAUGCGAGAGGGGAAUCUCCUCCAGUCUGCGACGAGUCCACGGAGCCCAGCACGCGCUGGCGGCUGCAAUACGAUGUGUACCAGUACUUCCUACCCGAGAACGACCUGUCGGAGCGCAGCCUGCUCGGCGGCGUCCGGGCUGUGGCCGACAUGGAUGGCAUCAUGGCCAACGGCAGACGGGUCAUGACCCUGUCGUCGUCUGACACGACCACCGCCGUGUUCAACUCCAUCCCAGGGCAGGGCGUCCUCUACACGGUCGUGGUAAGAGACCCCUUGCUGAACACAUCUGCUGCGUACGUCCCCGUCCACACCUACGCCUGCAGCUUCGCUUCGACACUGGACAGCUGCGAAACACUAGGAAAGAUAUCAACAAAGCUUUUCUUCACCAUCGCUGGCUUAGCAGGCCUGUUUGUCUGUUUCUUUGGGCAUCACUUCUUCAAAUGUGAAUUGUUCUGCAUGGGCUUCAGCUUUGCAGCGUUUUUCUUCUUCGUCCUCAUCACACGGACCACAGACCUGGACUAUAACAUUCGUCUCACCCUGGCGGCGGUGAUCGGCGUGGUGGGCGGGGUCAUCCUGGUGAUGAGCUGGUGGCGGUUUGGCUCCGUCAUGGCCUGUGUUGUCGUCGUUGGCCUCAUUCUAGGCUUCCUCGUUGCCUCCACUGUCCUUUUCACUCCGCUUGGCGACCUUGAUGUGUUUAGGCGAUCAAAUGUAGUUUUCUGGCUGACGUUCUCCUGCAUUGUAAUAAUAGUUCCACUUUUCUUCAUGCGGUGGCCCAGAGAGGGAAACAUCACCACCUGCGGCAUCGUUGGAGGCUAUGCCGUGGUUUUGGCCGUUAACGCCUACGUUUACACCAGCUUGUCUUACAUCACCAUGAACAUCCUCAAACGCUUGCUCAACAGCAACUUCAGCCCUAUGUUCACUGACGUACCGUUCCAAACUAUAGACUACAUCAUGAUCACAGUGUGGGUGGUGCUCGGCGCGGGCGGCAUCGUCCUGCAGAUUUACCGGGAGCACUCCCGACCGUUCUUCCCCCCCAGCCCGUACCUCACGUGGCUGCAGGAACGCGAGCGCCGCAGGACCAACGUAUUGGACCCAAGCCAUCACUUCCCCCCACUGUUCGACCGCGUCUUUGCCAGGCUCCGGCAGCUGACGAAACGCGUGGAGCCAGCGGGAGAACACACACCUCUGCUCCUGUGAACCUGAUACAUGUACACGCAGAAUAUGAGGAAACGAUCCCUGCGAUCAUUUUGUUUGAAGAUGAUGAGAAGACGAGGAUGAUUAUGAUCAUAAUCAUGAUGGUGGUAAUGGAGGAUGUCCCUCACAACCAGUGCAUGGCUCUGAUUCCAGAUCAUCUGGCUGAAAAGCCCUUUCACAAUAAAAGACACCAAGUGGGGUUCUGUCAUUGACACUCUAUGGGUGAAUUAGACUUUUAAAAUACCCCCCCAAAAAUUUUUUAUACAAAGACGGUGACAGCUUUUCUUCUUUUGGAUCUAACACCGCUUUUAUAAAACACUUGAAUUGCAGUUUAAGAGUCACAAACUGAUUUGUGAAAUGAAAAUGUAUGAUAAAAAUGUAGCUGUUUUUGUCUGGCCUGCUCUGUUUGCACUGAAGUCAAAAACCACUAAUGGUUUACUCAGCAAGGCAGUUCAUCCCUGACCAGCGUGAGUGACCAUAGGACCAGGUGAUUAAGGUCUUACACUGGUGAUUAAAUGGCACAUUUGAUCAUUAGCGUAUCAGGAAAAACAACCAACUGAUAAAGUAAAUUCAUGUAGUAUUUAAUGUAACAGACAAAAUGUGUGACAUUCCUUUGUAAUUGUGUUUUUAGCUCCUGCUUGCUUAUGUGUUCUUGUUCAGAUGAAACCUGGCAGCCAGAUUGGUUGGUUUGUACUUUGCACACUGGAAUUAGUUUGUUCUGCUGACCCAUUAUUUGUCAUGAACUUAAGCUUGUAAACGUCAGUAUUUUAUUUCGCUGCUGAGCUAAACUUUCUGGUCUGGUGAGGUUUUUUUAAGACAAGAAUCCAAAAGAGUUUACAGACCUCUUGUUAUUUGUAAUUUGAUUUGUUUUGAUACCUAAUAAAUGCCUACAGCUAGAAACAGUGUUGUGUUAGUUUAGUGAAGUAAUUGUAUUCAAAGAUGCCUUGGAACUAAACAUUAAACGAAUGUAAUUAAUGACAA